AUGCACAUUUCAAUUAUAGUUGGACAGGUUGUUGCAUCCACUUACGAAUUUUCUAUCAAAAUUUGCAAAUAUAAAUUUAAAAGUACCUAUAAUCUAUUAACAAAUAUAUGCUUCAAGGUAGGAAAAAUAAUUAAAUGUGACAAAAAUCUGCAAUGUAUUUUCGUAUGUAUACCGACCUACUUAGUUGGAUGUAUAUUUACGCUAAAAUUAUACACGUGUCAACUCAAUAACAAUAAAAUUAAACAUUUGACCAAUCAACUAUAUAGCGAUUGGAAAGAUUUGGAAAGCCCGGAAGAAUAUGAAAUUAUGAAAACGUAUGCAACAAGAGUGAGAGUGUUUACUUUGAUUUAUUCGGCAUAUUAUCUCAUAGGUUGUCCUAUGUUUGUAAUGUGUACUCUUAUACCGAAAGUAUUAGAUAUCGUGUUGCCUCUGAACGAAUCUCGACCUAUAAUCCUGCCUGCGGAAAUUCACUAUUUCGUUAGUGACGAAGAAUACUUUUAUUACAUUUUCAUUCUCAGUCUUAUAUGUUCAUUCUUUAUAGUAAAUGUGCUCGCGCAUGAUUGCCUUAUUAUGACUUGCAUUGAGCAUAUUUGCGGCAAUCUCGCUGUGGUUGGAUUUCGUAUGGAAAACUUGGCACAUAAUCCCAAUAGGCAAAAUAAUAGUGUAGAUAAUAUAUACAAACAAAAAAUAGCAUCAUCCGUUCGUUUACACUUACGAACUUUAGAAUUCGCGAAGUUUCUUGAAAGUACUUUCUCUGUAGCUUUAGUUGUACAAAUGUUCAUAAUUAUGGUCGCAAUGAGCAUUACCUUGCUGCAACUUGCAGUGCAAGUUGAACAACUUAUUGAAAUAAUGAGGAAUCUAGUACUUGUUGUUGCUCAAUUGAUUCACUUAUUCUGCUUCAGUAUGCAAGGACAAAAAUUGAUAGACCAUAGUCUAGAAAUACAGGAUAAGAUAUAUAACUGCUUCUGGUAUAAAAUACCAGUGAAAUCGCAAAGACUGCUUAUAGAUAUUAUGAGAAGAAGUUUGCAGCCAAGUGUUUUGAGCGCCGGAGGGUUUUAUAUUUUUUCACUGAAAAGCUAUAUGACGGUAAAAAAAUAUAUCCCGUUUUACAAAUAA